AUGGUUGAUAGACUCAACCCGGCGCGUGCCUUGCGGGUAGCCGAGAUCAUCAACGACUACCGAACCCUCCUUGUGCAUAUCGCUCGGCACAGUGUGCAGACCCCAACGGAAGAUGGCCACGAGGAAACGUGCAAAGAGAUUAGGGAAGGCCUGGCUGCUGCACAGGCACUGUUAGCCGCCAACUACAACCCCAGCGUGGAAUCUACCCAGUCCAACACGGAGACGGAAAAGGCCGAACUGAAGAGGACCAUCCUCGACGCAAGUGCCCGUCGAUUUCAAGCGCACCGCAUCUACCUCCGGGUGGCAGUCGCCACAAGAUGCGCUCUCGCCCGGCAAAAUAUCCUACAGGAAGGACGGCCAGGGAUAGAGCAGACAGCUUCUCUUGACGCCGUGGCCAAUACGUUCCGACAGGAAAUGGCACGAGUGACGGAUCAGUACGUCGUGGACGAUCUGCGGACCGCGGACACGCGGGCAGGAUACUGGACUGAAGAAGAUCCAUCACUAUCGGAGGUCAUUGACUGGAUUCACCAUCACUUGUAG